UGUGGGCUGUGCCCUUGUGACCCUGAUGGCCCAUGGGGGGCCACGGGGACAGCUUCUGGGGGGGGAUGGGAAAAAAGUACAGCCAGAAGCACUAGUGUGGGAACUAAGCCGCUGCCCAGCACUGCAGCGGCUUAGUUCCCCCUGGUACCAGCGCUGGUUACGGACACCUCCAGCCAUCCCUUCCCAUCCCGAUGUCCUCCAGAUCCAUGCGCAUGCCCGAGAUAUACAGCAAGUUUGUUCCAGAUGCAAGAAAUCCCUGGCCCCUGCCCUGUUCUCUGGCAGGACCCCAGAGUCCUCUCUGCUUGUUGCCUCAAACACCCACCUAUGCCUGGCCCCUGGCGAAUGGGAGGCAGCAGGCAGAGGCCCAAGCCUAAUUCUCUGGCCCUGGCUCCCUGACCUAGGCUACGUGGCCUAUCAAGACAAGAAAGGCUCAGACUUUAUCCAGAUGCUGGUGGAAAUUGUCCGAGCCAAUCCUGGGGGAGACCUGCUGGAGCUGCUGACAGAGUAUGAGAUGACCAAAUAUAUGACACCUGGCAUUUGUCAAAUUCGAUCGACAGAAGGUAUUACAUGCACUAAAGGCCAAGGGAUGAGGACCCUGAAGGUGAUGUGGAUCCCUGUGGAAGCACAAGGGAACAGAGGGUCAACAGGGGUGUGUGUGAGCUGGACGUGCUGGGCCCUGACAGCCAUGCCCCCACAAAAGGCCUGCCUAGAGAUCCGAAGCUGGCUCCUGAGCCAUCUCUGCCUGCUUCCUCCGCCGCAUGAAGCUUCCUCCCAGCUACCGUCUCUGUGCUUUGGACGUGGAUGCCUAGAUGGGGACCACCGAAAGACCACCGAGUCCUACACCUGGGAACUGUGCCCUGCAUCUGCGUCUGGGUCUAAGGAAUCUAAUGAGCUGGGCUGGGCUGGACGUCCUCGGAGUGACCUGGGGCCCACAUUCCCUUCGCAGCUGUUCCCCAAUCUCCCCCUGGCACUAGGGCCUCUGCUUCCCCGGCGGCGAGUCAGGUCCAGCCGGCUCUGGAAGAGACCACCGCAGAUUCACCAAUUUUUCUUCUCUCAGGAUGUGCCCUGCGCGGGGCUAGGGUGCUUUAGACGUCCAGGUGUCUCGCUUCUAUCGUCCAGCAGUCGAGCCAGUGCCAGGACUAGAGCCAGGUUGCAGCUGAGUCGAUCCCACGUACUGGCCGGACCCUGAGUAUGAAGCAGAGACAGCGAGCUGCAUGAAUUUGCACCGUUCAGGCGGGGAAAAGUGACAGAUGCGGGUUCAGGUUGCUUGGGGUGGGGGUCUGGUAUUGUUUCAGGGCCUCAGGAGACAUGGGCAUUUAAAAAUCUAAUAGUUUAUUAUGAUGAUGUUCCACAAUAUUGUGACUAUAACCAGUGCACUGAUCUGUAAACUUGAAAAUGGACCACUCACUGAGACCCUGUCUCAAAAAAAAAGACUGAGAAGUAGCUGGGUUCAACUUCCAGUACCUCCUUCCCCACAAGGGUUAAAUAUUGCAAGUUUUCUUACUAUUUAUUGCUUUUUAAAAAUGAAGUAAA